AUGAAGAAACCAAAGAAGGAAAACAUAAAGAAAGUCACAGAACUACUACAUAUUCCUAGAGAAAAAACGAGUGAAGCUCGUAUCAAAAUACAUAUACGAAAGAAAUUGAAUGAUAUAAUGCAAAAUAAUGGAGAAAUGAUAAGGUACAAUAAAAGAUUAGUUGAAAGAGUUCAAAAGGGUUCAAGAGAAGAAAGUACAUUACGAAGAGCUUUAGGUUACCUCAAGAGAACUUAUGACUCGGUAAUGUUUCAAGAUAGAAAUGGUAAGCCACUAAAUGUCAGUAAACUACGAUUUAAUGAUUUGAAAUUUCGUAAUGAACAAUCAAAAGUUAUAUUUGAUAAUGUUAUGAGAAUAAAAGAUGCAACUAGAAAACAAGUGAACAGAACAUUAGCAUUAACAUUAUUGGGAACAAGUAAUAAACAAUUAAAAGAUCCAUAUUUUAUAACUAAAAAUGUAGUAGACUUACUAGCAUAUGAUCAAGAAGCUAAAAGGGCAUCGUAUUUAUGUCGAAUAAGUGAUAAAAAACAUGCAGUAGUUGGGAUGAAUACAAUUAUGGAAUGGCAUUUUGAUAGAAACGAUCAGAAAAGUGGAAUCAAAGCAUUUAAUGAUAGAAGAGAUUAUGGAAUUAAAAGUGAUGGAUAUACAUAUUUAAGAUUAUUUGAUGGAGUUUCAAAAACAAGUCCCUGGGGUAAAGUUAGUAUUGAGAUGUGUGAUAGAAUGAUUGAGAUUUUUAAAAGUGGGAGAGAAAUUUUUCAAAAUGAUGAAAAUAAAAAAUUAGAGACAUCAAUUUAUAAUGCAUGUUUGAGUAUAUUAGUGAAAAAUUUCGAUUAUAGACAAGCUAAAGCAUGGGAAUUCUUUGAUGAAUUAAUGGAAAACAAAGAAUUGGGAAUCAGAGGUAUAGUUCCCGACUCUCAAACUUUUACUAUUUUGUUACAUGGUAUUAAAAAGUAUACAGGUCAUGAAAAAAGUAAAAUCUUGGAACUGAAUGAUAUAUCAUCCCAUGAACGUAUUGUCAAAUUAUUAGAUCUUGAAGCUGGUCAUAUCAAAACAGCUGAAGCUAUUUUCCAAAAAGUCAAAUCAUUAGCUAUUCCACCAACCCCAACCUCAGAUCCGGAAGAAAAUAAAAAAUUAAUAUCACGUUGGAAUAGAACAAGAAUCAAUAUAGAUAUGCCACUUGUUGCUACCUAUCUCAAUAGUUUAUGCAGUCGUGAUUCAGGUACGGGUGUGGAUCUUAAAGGUGGAUCACAUUACUUAUAUAACGAAAGAGCUUUAGAAGUUUUAAGAAAUUUAUCACCAGAAAUUGAGUUAAUCUUGAAAUUUUUAGAAAAAAGCGAUGGAAAUUCGAAUGAAACAAUAAAAGCAUCUCAAAAAGUGCAAAAUCACACUGAUUUAAGAAUCAGACUUGCAUUAAAUGGUAUAAAAAACCAACCGAAAUUAACAUACGUUGAUAAAAUAGAUGAUUUAAUUCCAAAAAAUGUUGUUAAUGGAUUGGAUUCAGAUAUAAAUCCAAAAGUUCACAUGAAUUAUCUUGAUAAAUUCAAACCAAAUACAGAACAACUAAUAGACUUCAGACGUGAUUUGAAUUUUGUAGAAAAAUCAAAUAGAAAUAAGAAAUUAAAAGUUGAAAAGAAGAGAUUAGAACCAUUGGAGCAUUCAGUUAAUGUAUUUUUGUUAAAUCAAUUUUUCGAUUGUCUUAUAAAUAUGGGUAAAUUCAAACAAUAUGUUGAAGCAUUUUGGUUUUCAUUAAUUCAAUGGGGUGGAUUAAGACUAUAUACUGCAGACUUAAAAAAACAUAAUGUUUUGGAAAAUUUUCUUGAUAAAGUAAAGCAAAUACGUCUGCAUCAAACCGGAAGAGUUCCAUCAAUAAUGGAUGAUGCGAUGUUCAAUUCGUUCAUAUAUAAAGUUGGAGAAAAUGGAAGAUUAAAUGGAACCACUAAAACUAAUAUAAUAAUGGAAAUGUUUACUGCUUUAACAUUUGCAAGAUAUAGAGUCGAGAGUAUCGAAGUCAAACAAGAUCAUAUUGAGAACAUGUACUCAACUUUCUUCAAAGAUAUCCAUUAUUACAAUGAUUCAAACAAAAAAUCAGGUUACAGCACCAAACCACAAUUAAAAUUUGAUCAAUUAGAUGAAUUUUUAAAAAAUCUAGUAACUUUUACAAAUGUUUAUGCUGCAUAUAUGAAAAAAGCAGAAAUAUCAUUUACACCAAAUGAUUUUUAUCAAUUUAUGGAUAAAGUUAAUAACACAAUAAAUUUCGCAAAUUGGUUGAAAGUAGAAACAUUAGAACAAAAAAUCCACAUUAAUAAAUUAUUGUUAAAAGCAAAUAUCAAAUACUACAGGCCAAAAUUUAUGAUUUCCAAAUACGAUAAAUCAACAUAUGUUGCCACAAUAGAAAAGACAUUUAAUGAUUUAAGUAAAUUAUAUAAUGAAACAGAGAAUUUAAAUGAAUCAAAUCAAAAGAUAAAAAGUGGAUUAAAGAAAUUAAUAUCAAUAAAUUCUUCAGAUGUGAAAGACAGUGAAUACGAUACUAAUGCUGAAAAAUUCAAUUCAUUAGUAAAAGAAAUUUAUGAUUUAAUAGAUGUAAAUAAAAUUGAAAUUACACAGUAA